AAACGCCAACAAACGCUGUUUCACGCACUUCACGUUUAGUAAUUUUUUUAUUCUCUUCUGCGUUCUUCCCACCAACAUCGAAACCAUGUCCACCGACUUGCACCUCCACAACGACCUGCCCCAGCUCCGAAUCGCCUCCGCCGCCGCCGCCGAUGCCGUCGUCAAAACCGACGACCUCCCCUCCGACGAUGACGACCGCAACGCCGUCUCUUCCGUCAUCACUCAAACCGAGACCGAAACUGACGGAGCCACCAUCGUCGACGUCGCCGUCGCCGUCAACGUCAACGUCAACGUCAACGACGAGAAUUACCGUACUCCGACUUCGAAGGAGAGCAAAAUUCCAGCGACGAUGACGUGUCCGCCGGCGCCGAGGAAGCCGAAGCUCGCCUCCUGCAAAAGAAAACUUCUUGAUGAGUUUCAGUUCUUCGAUGUCACGAAUAAGGAGGACAUGGACGCCUUCUUCAGAUCCACUUUUCCUAAGAAGAGCUGCACUUGUACAUGAUCAAAAAUUUCCAACCUUAGCUUCCUCGAACAACCAUACCUUCGACCCUGUCGAACUACGUAAAUUACACAAUUUUAUUUUUUUUUCAUCCAAUUCCACUUCUUUGGUUCAAUUUCUUUCUUCUUCUUUUUUUUUUUUUAAUUUUGGUUUUUUCAUAUGUUAUAUGAAUGAAUUUCACUUUGUAUAAGAUGUGAAAUAUUGGAUCCCGAAUAGUAUAUGUUCAUUAAUCGAAAGAAUCAACAUAGCGUUGAAUUGUCUCCAAUCCUUCAAUUAAUUGAUUACCUUUUGCAAUUUGUUUC